GUUUAGUGGGUACACUCUGUGCAGUACAGUGAUGUGGCCCACUGAAAGAGCCCCAUGAAAACAGCGAGAGAAAGAUACCGAUGUUAUUGCGAGCCAAAGAAGCGACUGUUUCUGUUCUGGGCGCUUGAAGGAGACGCUAAAAUCAGAGAAGUCAUCUGACGGCGCCUCCCACUAUCUGAGGCGCAAAGACGCCCGAGAGCGCACACUUAAAACGCGCAACUUUGCUCGUAGGAUGUGACUGUACAGCGCGCUUGAUCUGGGGGAGAGGGGGGGACUAUCCGGACAGUCCACAUUCACUUUACGGACUAUCUUUGUGCUUUUAACUCUAUCUAGUUACGUGCAUCCUGGAGAGCAGUAUGGACAGUUCAGAAAUCAAAGGGCAAAGGCAUGAGUGAAGAUGACCUUAAAAGCAGCUAAAACAUGGUUUUUAAGACUCCUCCCGGUUGUGUUCUUCUUCAUCUGUUACUAUUGCUCCCAGUUCUACUUUGAGAGCUAUGGAGGCAGUGGAAAGUCCCCUCAGCCCACUGUUUCUCUCUGUCACAACUUUCACUUGCAGAGGAAAUGGGAGAGUCUCAAAUUAAACAUGAGCCGAAAGACCGAGCUCUUUCUAAAGCUGAAGGAUUUCUUCUGGCUGGAACAUCUCUCAGCUGAAGCUCUGCCCUACGGUAUUAAAGGCAGCGAGCUCCUGCUUCUGAAGGUCUUGGCAGUGACUUACAGCUACACAAUGCCAGCAAACAUAGAGAGCAGCUUAGAUUGCAGGACGUGUGCAGUCAUUGGAAACGGCUUUUCCAUAAAAAACAGUUCUCUGGGGGAGAUCAUUAACAAAUACGACGUGGUGAUCAGGCUGAAUGAUGCGCCGGUUAGAGGCUAUGAGGAGGACGUGGGUAACAAGACCACGUUACGACUGUUUUAUCCUGAAUCUGCCUCCUAUAAUCCUGGUACCCACAAUGACCCAGACACCUUGCUGGUCCUGGUUCCUUUCAAGCAGCAGGACCUCCGCUGGCUCAAAGAGAUCCUGUAUGAUGAGAAGAGGGUCCGAAAGGGUUUCUGGAAGCUUCCGCCCCAGAUCUGGCUCGGCCGGGCCAGUCAGAUCCGUGUCCUGGACCCAUAUUACCUUCGACUGACAGCCAGCAAGCUGCUUCAAAUUCCCCUGCAACCGCGCAAACAACAGAAACCAGUCCACCCCACCACUGGCAUUCUGGCUGUAUUUGUGGCACUGAACUACUGUGACGUUGUGCACGUGGCUGGAUUCGGAUAUCCAGAGUCUAGGAACCAGAAACAGCCCAUCCACUAUUACGGAAAGGAGACAAUGAGAUCCAUGAAGAAUUCCUACCAUGAUCUCAAUCAAGAGGCUCUUGUGCUUAAGAGACUGGAAGACCAGGGAGCUAUUUUAUAUCUUCAUCCUCAUUCCUGACACUUAACAUGAACACAUAAAUAAAAACACAUAAACGCAUGUAAAUAUGGCACUACAGACAAUAUCUUCAUCUUUGGACUGAUUUAGACUGAACUGAAAUAUCCAGCUCUCACACCGCAGAGCUGUUAGCAGUUUCUGCAUUUCUGUGUGAUUCAAUAAUUUUUAUUUGACCUCGAGUAUUUAUAAUUAAUGAAUCUUUUCUGCUUAAAACUUUAAAAAAUAUAUAUCACCACUGGAUAUUUUGUGAACUUCUUACAGUAAGUAUUUAAUAAAAUGGAAAUAUGCA